GCAUACGCUCAUGAGUAAUAUCGUCUUUUUAGUGAAGGUAAUCUUGUCGUUUGAAAACCAAAUACAAUAAUAAUAAAUUUGAGAGCCCAUUUUUAAAUUGGUAGUCUUUGUCGUUUGGUUUGUGUACUCCUAAAAAGAACCAUUUGGGAUUGGAGGCUAUGAUUAUGAAAUAUUGAAAUGAGCACUAAAAGACUAAUAAUGUCCAAAGCUCAUUUCCAUUCUAUCCCACACAUGGUUCGAAGCUCCCUACAAAACCCCAUAACCCAACCAAACACACCCUUCUUGCCGAAAGCACCAUCAGUCUUGGCCACCAAUCUAAUGAAAUCCUACUUAGAGCAAGGCUUGGUCAAAGAAGCACGUUUGGUGUUCGAUGAAAUGCCUCACAGAGACGUGGUUGCAUGGACUGCCAUGGUUGAAGGCUACACUUCUUGCCAUCACCAUAGUCAGUCAUGGGUUUUGUUUUCUGAGAUGGUAAAGAAUGAAGUCAGCCCAAAUGCUUUUACUUUCACCAGUGUUUUGAAAGCUUGCAAAGGAAUGAAGGCUCUUUCAUGUGGGGCUUUAGUGCAUGGCUUGGCUAUUAAGCUUGGCAUGGAGGGAAGCAUUUACGUGGAAAAUGCAGUCAUGGAUAUGUAUGCUACUUGUUGUGCUAGCAUGGACGAUGCAUGCCGGGUUUUCCAGGAUAUAUGUGUGAAAAAUGCCGUGUCCUGGACUACUUUGAUCACUGGUUUCACUCACAGAGGUGAUGGCUAUAUGGGGCUUCGAGUUUUCCAGCAAAUGCUACAGGAGGAUGCAGAACUGAACCCGUUUAGCUUUUCAAUUGCAGUUAGAGCUUGCGCUUCAAUUGGCUCACGUACUUCGGGGAGGCAAGUACAGGCAGCGGUGAUCAAAUGUGGGUUUGAAUCCAAUCUUGCUGUGAUGAACUCAAUACUGGACAUGUAUUGCAGGUUUAGUUGUUUGCCGGAGGCUAACCAAUGCUUUCUUGAAAUGAGUGAAAAGAAUUUGAUUACUUGGAACACCUUGAUUGCCGGAUAUCAAAGAAUAGAUUCAAGUGAAUGUCUAUAUUUGUUUUCACGGAUGGAAUCGCAAGGCUUUAGCCCGAAUUGCUUCACAUUUAGCAGUGUAACAGCUGGUUGUGCUGACUUAGCUGUUUUGGCCUGUGGACAACAGGUUCACGGUGGGAUUUUUCAGCGAGGUUUCAACCAGAAUCUCGAAGUAACUAAUGCCCUUAUUGACAUGUAUGCAAAAUGUGGAAACAUAGCUGACUCACGCAAAGUUUUUGACGAAAUGUGUGAUAAGAAUUUAGUCUCCUGGACUUCCAUGAUGAUUGGAUACGGAACCCAUGGAUUUGGAAAAGAAGCUGUUGAAUUGUUCGAUGAGAUGGUCACAUCAGGAAUUAGGCCUGAUCAAAUAGUGUUUAUGGCAGUUUUGAGUGCCUGUAGUCAUGCUGGCCUUGUUGAUGAAGGCUUGAGAUAUUUCAAUACAAUGAGGAGUGAUUAUGGCGUUACUCCAGAUCAGGAGAUUUAUGGAUGUGUGGUUGAUUUGCUUGGCCGUUCUGGGAGAGUUGCUGAGGCUUAUGAAUUAAUUCAAAAUAUGCCUAUAAAGCCUAAUGAAUCUAUUUGGGGUGCUCUUCUUGGAGCUUGUAAAGCACACAGGCUUCCACAUCUGGGCAAAUUGGCUGCUACCAAAAUAUUGGAUUUGAAGCCAAAUACGGUGGAGGCCUAUGUGUUGCUGUCAAUAAUUUACGCUGCUGAUGGUAAGUGGCGGGAAUAUGCAAAGACAAUGAACUUGAUUAGAGGUAUGGGGAACAAGAAAGAAGCCGGGAGGAGUUGGAUUGAGGUAAGAAGCCAGGUUUAUAGUUUUGUUGUCGGAGAUAAAAUAGGUUCUCAUACAAAGCGGGUGUAUGCAAUUUUGGAAUUGCUGAUUCAACAUAUGAAAGAAGCAGAGUAUGUACCCAAUUUAGAUUGCUUAAUACAUGACCUACAAGAUGGAACUUGAAGGGGAAGCUGGUAAUAAUGACCUGAAAAACCUAAUUUAUCACUAACGGAUUUAACUCUGGAAAGGCAUUUUAUUCUUGACAACAUCUUUGCAAAAUGCAUGAAGGUGGACCAGCUAGGAAAAGAAGGGCCUUUUUUACUAUACAAAAAGGAUAUUUGAAGAACAGGAAGAAGAAUUCAUCUUUGUUGAGAAGGAGUUUAGUAUUUGUUAGAUUUAUAGCCAUAAAGGAAAAACAAACAAGAAGAAAUUGAAGGUAGAAAAAUUUAUGCAUAACCAGAGUGAUUUUUUGUACAUUUCAAGAUUCAUUCUAAAUGUAUAAUAAUUUGUGAACCAAAGUGAUAAUAAAAACCAGCAAAUUGCCCUUACUAUUUUA